AACGCUGUAUUUAUCUGUUUGGUUGGUUAGUGGGCGGGGGUAGGUAUUGUCUGCCAUAAAAGUAAUUUAUGACAGGUAAGAACUGUCCCAGAAUCUUCAGGCUGCAUCCCACAAUUAUUUUAAGGGAGUGUGUUGGCUGUUUAAUGGGCUAGCAAAGACUCCGCAUGCAGCUUAGAAUAGGGAAAUCUGGCCCGUUGUUUGUUGCCGACCUUGUUUUUCUUCUAACCCGUCGAUUAAUUGAUUCUAUAUAACUACCUACCUGUUAGAGCGGGUAUGGACUCGUAUUUUAAUCUAGGUCGCAGUUGGUUUUGCUUGUCAUGUUCGCGGGAAGCCUGCGAAAGGAAAUUAGUCACGUGCGACGGCUGCAUCAUGUUUACCCUGUUUGCACUCGUCAAGAAGUACACAAGCCCGUGAAUUGCCCUUCAAUGUAUCUUUUUCUCUUCAUCAAAAUGAUUUGUAAAGUCCACCAAAAUGGACAAUGAAAUUCAUACCAUCCUUGAACUGCCGACCAUUGCCGAUAUUGAGGCCUCGACCGAUGUCCUCAGUAUACGAACCAAUGCCAUCAAAGUGGUUCGAGUAAAGGAACACUUCGCAGUCAAGAUUGGUUAUUCGAUCCCGCCUUUGGAAGCUGAGAACAUGAAAUUUGUUGCAGCCAAUAGCAAUGUUCCCGUGCCAAAGGUUUACGCCAACUUUGUCGAUCCAGAGACCAAGAAAAGAUAUGUUGUUAUGGAUUUCGUCCCUGACCUGCAAAAGUUACUGCCGUCGCUCACCCCAAUCGAGAAGACAGCGAUCAGCAAGAGGAUCAAACAGGCGAUCAAUGAACUGCGAACAAUACCAACACCUGACUACUUUGGGAACUUGAAUGAGACGCCUUACAUUGACGGUGUUCUUUCAACCCCUGACAACAACCCAGUGAUUUCUGGGCCAUUCAAGGAUCAGAAGCAGAUGAAUCAGGGAAUACUGGAGAAACUGGGCCAAACGCAGUCACCACAUUACAUUCGAUUGUUGAAAGAAAUGAUCAACUGCACCCUCAAGAACCAUCGAAUUGUCUUCACCCAUGGAGACCUGCAACCAAAGAACAUAAUUGUGGAGCGAAGAGGGGUCUCCGGUGAUGGAGAUGCAGACUUCAAAGUCACGCUUAUCGAUUGGAAUCUGUCAGGAUGGUACCCCGAGUUUUGGGAUUUUUGCAAUUCAACGUUGUAUUGCCAGAUGAAACCGGAUUGGCUCGAGCUCAUCCCGGACAUAUUUGAUCAUUAUCCGAUAGAAUACCUAAUGAUGCAAGUUGUCUACUCGUCGGUCUUUUACUGA